CGUGGUUAUAUUUGACAUUUGUUCAAAUUCAAUGUUCGCGCCAUCCGUGUUCGAUUAUCUGUCGAGUAUCGACUGUCAAAAACAUAUAAAAACUUUGAAAAGUUUUUGUUGUUUAUUGGUUCAAUAUUUAAAAUAUCAAAUUAUGAAUAAAAGAAAAGUAGCGUAUAUUUGGGAACAAGAUUUAAUAGAAUUCAGCGAUCGGUUACCGGCUGUACUCGGUCGAGCUUCGAUGGUUCAUAGUCUUAUAACGGCAUAUGGUCUUUUAGACCAAGUAAAAGUAAUUCGAUCUCAGUCGGCUAGUUACUCUGAAUUGAAACUUUUUCAUUCUGACUUAUAUUUGGAUCAUUUGAAAAGUUUUACUCAUAUAGAAGACGACUACGUAGUUACCGCUAAAGAUGAAAAAUUUGGUUUAGGAUAUGACUGUCCUCCCGUGUCUGAUAUGUAUAACAUUGUUUCCACAAUAGCAGGAGGUUCACUAACAGCUGCAAAAUGUCUUGUAAUGAAUAUGGCAGAUGUAGCUAUGAACUGGUGUGGAGGAUGGCAUCAUGCUCAAAAAUAUGGGGCAGAAGGGUUUUGUUAUAUAAAUGAUAUAGUUAUCGCUAUUGAAAAACUGAGGACAACAUUUUCAAAAAUACUUUAUAUAGAUUUGGAUGUUCAUCAUGGAAAUGGAGUUCAAGAUGCUUACAAUUUAAGUAAAUCUGUGUUUACUUUGUCAUUCCACAAAUAUGAACCAGGAUUUUAUCCUGGUAGUGGCAAUAUUGAAGACAUAGGGAGAUUAAAUGGCAAAGGUUAUACUUGUAAUAUUCCACUCCAUGCCUUAUACUCUGAUGAUACAUUUGUGAAUACUUUUGAUAGUGUAUUCACAAUGGUAUAUUCAUGUUUUCUGCCUGAUGCAAUAGUAAUUCAAUGUGGUGCUGAUGCUCUUGCUAGGGAUCCGCAUGGCGGUGCAGGUCUCACUUUGGAUGGAUAUUGUUUAUGUAUUAAAAAAGUUCUUAAUGAAAUGAAACCUACACUGCUUUUAGGGGGAGGUGGUUAUAACCAUGCUAAUGCAGCUAGAUUGUGGACUUCAAUCACUGCACUAGUCAUAGAAGUCAAAUUAGAUGAUAAUAUCCCAGAACAUAGUUUUUGGACAAAAUAUGGUAGUGAUUAUACUUUAAAUAUACGGCCAUUAUUGACUAAAGAUCUAAAUUCAAAAAAUUAUAUUGAUGAAUGUAUCACUACUAUAAAAGGAACUUUAUAUCGGUAUUUAAGUCAUAAUGAAGAUGAAAACAAAGAGCCCAUUACAAAACGAAGAAAAACAGAAUUAGAUAAUUCACAUGAAGCAAAAAGAGAUUCUAUAUUAAAAAAACAAUUAGUUUUAAAAAAUGUAAAAGAAAAAGCUUCUAUUAUAGUGAAUUGUGAUAAUAAAUUAACAAAUUCCAUUGAUGUGUACGACUUCAUUGAUUAAAUGAU